AUGUUUUUCGGCCGACUGCUCUACCGCAAAGCAGUGCAUUGUCUGGUAUGGCGUACUCGUUUGAGAAGGUUUGUAUCGGAUUGUAAACCCUCACAUAUAAUUGUUGUCCGAGAUAUUGUCUAUCCCAAAUUGCUGACCUCAAAUUCCACAUGCCCUGAUUGUCUAAAGACACUAAUAUUGCAGCCCAUGAUUUGGGAAAUACCUGCAAGAAUGAAUCAUUUUGGAACAGGCCCGAAUUACAUCCUCAUGGGCCGGGCCAAUUUUGCUAGCCCAGCCUGUAAUACCAAUGUAUAUGUGUCUUGUCAAAGCAUCACGAAGAUUGUAAGCCCGCCUGCUCGCUUGAGUCCACUGCCCUUUUCCGAAGCUAAAAAAAUAAAAAUAACUAUGCUUAAAAAUGCUUAUAUAUACAUACGCGACAACCCAGAAGUCAUAUCCGUCGGCAUGCCACGACUGAAGCGUGCCCUCAUUGUUCUGAAACACAAUCUCGACAAAGUCAUGGAAAGUCCCGAGCCUGGGCCCGCCGCUGCCAGAUGGCAUGCUCUGAAUGGAGUUGACGCUGAAAACACCCGAGAUGUUGUAAUAAUCUGCGAGCUUCAAGGGUGUUUCGGUGUUUACGUAAGAAAUGUCAUUUACGGCAUAUCUUUGCUUGCCGUUAAUAAUGGGCGCUGA